AUGAAAAUUGUCAUUAUUGGUGGUGGUUUAGGAGGAUUUGCAACUGGUAUUGGAUUCUUACAACAUGGAUAUAAAGAUGUUAUCGUAUACGAACGAGAUACAGGAAUGGAUAGUAGACGUCAAGGUUAUGGAUUAACUAUUCUUCAAGGAAUUAGUGCAUUAAAACGUUUACAAGUAUUUCAACAAGUACAUUCAUUAGAUACUCCAUCAAGAUCACAUUAUAUAUUUGAUAAAUAUGGACAUAUGAUAGGUUUUUUUGGAACUAUAUUUUAUCCAGAACAAAAUAAUCAACCAAAAACUAGAAAUAAACAUAAUUUACAUAUUGAAAGACAAGAAUUACGAAGAAUUCUCAUGAAUAAAUAUAUUGAAUUACAUCCGUUAGGUCAUCAAGGUAUUCAAUGGAAUUAUCGUCUUAAUCAUAUUGAUCAUAGUUUACAUCAAAUAUUAUUUACUAAUGGACAUAUAGAAACUAAUAUUGAUUUAAUUGUUGGAGCCGAUGGAAUUAGUAGUCAAGUUCGUUCAUUCAAAUAUGAUCCUCUUAUAGAUACACCACUCAAUUAUUUAGGUAUAUUAGUAGUAUUAGGAAUUACUGGAGGUUUUGAACAUUUUCUUGCAAAAGAUCGUGUAUUUCAAACAAUGGAUGGAUGUUUUCGAUUAUUUGCAAUGCCAUUUUCAAAAUCAAAACCAGAACAAUCAAUAAUGUGGCAACUUUCAUUUCCUGCAGAUUUAGUUUUAGCAACGCAAUUAUCAAAAGAUUCACAAAUGUUAAAACAAAUGUUAUUAGAAAAAUGUGGUGAUUGGCAUCCACCAAUACCUGAAAUGAUUGAAAAAACACAAUUAGAUUUACUUAUGGGAAUACCAGCAUUUGAUAGAGAUUUAAUACCAAUUACAGAUCUAAAUAAAGAUGGUAUUCAAAUUGCACUUAUUGGUGAUGCUGCUCAUCCAAUGUCUCCGUUUAAAGGACAAGGUGCAAAUCAAGUUCUUAUUGAUGCUGUUGAUCUAACUGAUAUUAUUACACAAAAUAAUCUUGAUUUACAUUUAGCAAUUAAACAUUAUGAAGAUAGAAUGAUUAAACGAGUUUAUACAAAAGUUAUGCAAUCUAGAGAACGUGUUACAAGUUUUCAUAGACCCGAAGCACUUUUAACAGAAAAUUUCUUAUAUCGUGGUAUUAAUGAAGAAUUAAUGGAAAGAUUAAAUAAUCUUGGUAUAAAUGCUCAUUGGAAUGAUUCAAAUAUAUCUAUAGAACAAAUUAUUAUUGAUAAAUUAAAUAAUAAAUGA